AGCACGACAGAGAAGGCGGGACAUGACGGUGUCAAGUUGCCUAUGCUGUUAGCGACACAAGUUAGGUUGAGCUUUGAAUGAGGGGCCAUCAUCCCGGUGGCUCGAAGGUGGAAAACACAGUUUAAGUCCCUCUGACUGCAUUCAAAAUGAACAAACGGACUUUUCUGACUGGGACACGAGAAACUGUGAAGCGUUCUUUCGUAUGUUUGUGAGGUUUCUCUGGAUGCACUCCACUCUGGUCCCUGUGUUUAUUAUUUUGAUAUUUGCCAAGACCUCUAUCAAUGCCUUAGUUCUGUCCUGAUAUUAAUUUCAACAACACAUACAUAUAUUUUGUGUGUUUUGUCGGUUCUCCAAAAACGACAGCUCGUGUCACCCUCCUUCCCCUUUCCCUUUUCUCUACGUCCACUUAAGAGGGUCGUUAAAAACAUAUUUAGGCAACACAUACAAGCACAGGCUACCAUGUCCUCCAUCCUUCCCUUCACCCCCCCUGUAGUGAAACGCCUCCUGGGCUGGAAGAAGACUCCAGCAGGGAGUGGAGGAGCAGGGGGAGGAAUAGGGGAGCAGAAUGGAGGGGGACAGGAGGAAAAGUGGUGUGAAAAAGCUGUGAAGAGCUUGGUGAAGAAGCUGAAGAAGACUGGGCAGCUGGAUGAGCUAGAGAAAGCCAUCAGCAUGCAGAACAGCAACACAAAGUGUGUCACCAUACCAAGCAAUUGCUCAGAUCUAUGGGGUCUAGGCUCAGGCCACACGAUAGAGCAGUGGGAUUCCGCAGGCAUGUAUGGAUACCCCGACCAGAGCAGGUCACUGGAUGGACGUCUUCAGGUGUCCCAUCGUAAGGGCCUGCCUCACGUCAUCUACUGCCGCCUGUGGAGAUGGCCAGACCUUCACAGUCACCAUGAGCUAAGGGCCAUUGAGGCCUGCCAGUAUGCGUUCAACCUCAAAAAGGAUGAAGUGUGUGUCAAUCCGUACCAUUACCAGAGAGUGGAGACACCCGUGCUGCCUCCAGUGUUGGUUCCACGGCACACAGAGAUUCUGACAGAGCUUCCACCUCUAGAUGACUUUACAAACUCAAUCCCUGAAAACACUAACUUUCCUGCAGGCAUCGACCCUCCCAAUAACUAUAUACCAGAGACUCCCCCGCCGGGCUACAUCAGUGAAGAUGGAGAGACCAGCGACCAGCAGAUGAAUCAAAGCUCACCAGCAGAAAUGUCACCAAGUACCCUGUCACCUGUCAGUCAUGGCCUGGACCUUCAACCAGUCACCUACAGUGAGCCUGCUUUCUGGUGCUCAAUAGCCUACUACGAGCUAAACCAGCGGGUUGGGGAAACAUUCCACGCCUCACAGCCAUCCCUGACGGUCGACGGGUUCACUGACCCCUCCAACUCAGAACGCUUCUGUCUGGGGCUUCUCAGCAAUGUUAACAGGAACGCAACUGUUGAAAUGACAAGAAGACAUAUAGGUCGUGGUGUAAGAUUGUAUUACAUCGGAGGGGAGGUGUUCGCCGAGUGCCUCAGUGACAGUGCCAUCUUUGUCCAGAGUCCAAACUGCAACCAACGAUAUGGCUGGCACCCUGCCACCGUCUGCAAGAUACCGCCAGGCUGUAAUCUGAAGAUUUUUAAUAAUCAGGAGUUUGCUGCACUGCUGGCCCAGUCAGUCAAUCAGGGAUUUGAAGCAGUUUAUCAACUAACCAGGAUGUGUACCAUUAGAAUGAGCUUCGUCAAGGGCUGGGGAGCAGAGUACAGACGACAGACAGUAACCAGCACACCCUGUUGGAUUGAGCUGCAUCUCAACGGCCCCCUCCAGUGGUUGGAUAAGGUGCUGACCCAGAUGGGCUCACCAUCAGUGCGCUGCUCCAGUAUGUCCUAAACAGGGAUCUGCUGCUGCUGCCUACGCUAAGUGAAACCGACAUUUCACAACAUUUGAAAGUAUUUCUUUGAAGAGACCACCAUGCGGUCUUGAACUCAUGUCGUAACAACAUUAUGAAUAUGAAAAAACAAAAAAAAUGGAAGGCUUGGAGAAAGACAUCACUGAUGAACCAAAAUGGAAUAUAAAAGUGAUGUCAAAGCGGGCCUAGAUACCUUCGGCUCUCAUGGACUAAAGUUGACAUUCCAGUGAUGAUGGACCUUACAAUUGAAAUCACCCUGCAAUAUCCCAAUAACCAGAGUGAUGUCAUAAGUGACCAGAUUAGUUAUUUUACUCAGGCUGUGCUCAUGAAAGGAACAUAGCAGGAUGGACCUUUUGUUGUGCUCUUCAUGACGAGUGAAUGGCUGUUUUUGGGAUAGCACAUGUGACUUUCUAGUUGCAUAACAGUCUCCCCAAUCACUUUUCAACCCUGUCUUUUCAACACCUACUUAAAACAGCACAACUUUUAUUGUGUUUACGCAAGGUUGUCAAACAAGUAAUACUGACACUCCAGGUUUUUAUUUUACCAAAGUCAGCUUUGAACUUUUUUUGGUAUUGGUGACCAAACUUCAACUCCAUUUUUAACUACGAUUUCUACUUUUCCUGUUUUUUCUUACUUAGUCCAGUGUUAUCAUGAUCCCCCACCUAGCUUAAUUGGACUAACUGUCUUCAGCUCUUAAAGGGGUGACCACUGUAAGAACAAUUUGAUGUCCUUUAUUCAUUUUACAUAUCCUGUCUUCACAUGUUCAGAUACACAGCCAUGUACUAAAACAGAAACAACCUUUAAGGUUCUGACAUCAUUUAAUAUUUUGACUUCUCUCUGUGUGUUUGAGGUCUUCCUCUUUACAGUUUAAUUCUUCAGUAUGCUCAGUUGCUUAUCAGCACUGGUAAAUAUAAUGAGAGAGCUAUGGAAUGCUCAGCCAAAGAGUGUACAUGUCACUCCACUGGAACUUCACACAGUCUUUGAAGUAUCGACUCUUUGAAGUGCUUAGCCUACGUGAACAGUUUGACCAUGUUUGGAUUUUAAGGCCAAGCAGUUCUUUUUCUCUCUCUCCCUCUUUCACUUUCUUUAUCAAUUUUUUUCUGAAACUCAUAUUUCUGAGCCUCAAUUUCUGCCCAAUGAACAUAAGAUGAAUAUCAGCUCAAGUUAACUGAUAUACAUUAUGCUAUGACCUCAUCUUUUUUGAUGAUAUGCUUGGAAUAAUGCAUUUGCCCAGUUAUUGACAUUUUAGUGAUAUAAAAUGAAGACGAAAGUCCUGUAGUCCUGUGGGACUUUAAAGAAAAAUGUACUUGCACUGCCCCAAAUAAUGCACCCAUAGUAUUGUAACAAUAAAGUUGCCUUUGAUGAAAAUUACAGCAAGAUAUGCUUUGAAAUGUGACAUAGGAAUGUAUAAAAGGAGAACUGAUAUCCCCUCGGACUCAUUACUAAAUUAGAAUAUCAUGAAAAAGUUCAAUAUUUUUCAUCUUCUACAUAAAGUGUUUCACCUUAAAGGAGACCCAACCAAAUAUUGAGUGUGAAAAUGAACGCACUUUUCAGAAGUUGACAUCUCUGUAUUUUAAAUUCUUUUUUUAAUUUGUCUUUGGAAGUAUUCUAAGAAUGAUUAAAUACUGGAUUUGUGAUUUUCAUUAGCUGUAAGCCAAAAUGAUCAAAUUUGAGGAGGAAAUGGCCUAAAUUAGGUGUGUCAAACAAUUUUGUUUUUGUUAAUCGCGUCAUUGUCUUUAAAUAUCUUGGUCACUUUACUCUGUGAUCAAUUGCAAAUAAAUUGCACAUUUCUUAAACUCUUCUGAAUGUACCUUUUUAAAGGAAUACUGUUCAAGUUUUUAAUACUCUUGUCAUUGGAGUUAACAAAUAUGCAUGCUUUUUUAUUUUAAUUUGAAUAUUUCCUUGAAAAAUCUUGGCAUCAAUAGUUUUAAUGAUGUAUUUCAAGCUUCUGAGAGUUCAUGUUAGGAAGUUAAACAGAUAGUAAUUUCACCUGUUAUUUUACAUCUUGCUGGUUCAUACAAAUAUUUCCCUCCGAAAACUUUAUUAAUCAAGUUUCUCUCCCAAAUGUGAAUUUUCAUUUUCUUGACUUUGAAUUUGAAAACAUUAUGACAUUUUAUUUUUUUAAUAGUCAUCUUUCCCAAACAACCUUGAACAUAUCCUGAUAUAACCCCAUGCCUCCUCAUUUAGUUUGCUUAUUAGCCUUUGUCCUAGCCUUUUGACCCUUUGACAUUUUAACACAGAUUCCAACAUGGCCCAAGUCUCAAAGAUCGAGUGAUUGAUAGUUUUGAAUGAUAUUGGUACAGCGCCAAAUCACCACAAACGUUAUCUCAAGACGCUUUUACAAACAGAUCAAGACCAUCCUCUAUGUUGAAUUAUAAACAAAGACCCAACAUCAAGGCAGGAUACAAACCAGUCCCCUCUUACUGACAGAACUCGAUCUUAUCUCAUCUUAAUCCACCAUGAGCAUUGCACCUCACAGUAUUUAGCUAGUUACAGCGGCGAGGACAAACUUCCUUUAACAGGCAGAAACCUCGAGCAGAACAAAACGCAUGUGCUAAUAGGCUAAUGGCUAGGCUAGGCUGUGAGUAGUCGUAAUCACCACUAAAGAGCUUACUAGAUCAAAAGAAAAAGAGUGCUUGGUGAAGACUAGCUUACGUAGUGGAAGAAUAAGUAAAGGUGAAUUAAGGGAGAUUUAGAUUUAGGUCUAGAGAUUUAGAUUGAGAGCUAUCUACAGCUACGUGCAACACAGAGGAGGAGGAAACGGAAAUGAUGUAAUGCUCACUGGAACCCGUAUUGGUCCAAAGUUUGGGUGUGAUACCAAGGCUGCUUUAAGAUGGGGAGUAGAAUAACUUUCUAAAAACCUCUAUACUACCAAUUUUAACACGGAUUUCAACAUCGGAUUACUAUUUUGAAUUUCGGGACUUGCUACAAAGUUCAGGUGAGAUACCAUGGCUGUCACAAGUGGGGGAGGGUAACUUUCUCAUAGCAGUAGCAACAAGAAGCUGGCAGAGUUUUCAACCUGGAGACACCCGCUGGUAUUGUAUUUACCAAAACUUUAGACCUCUUCACACCAUCAAUAGUCCACACAAGCAACUGGCCACCAGAAAGGAUUUGUCUUCUUGCAGUUAAGUUCCUGUUAGCUGGGAAUUACAUCUGAUUCAAAAUAUUUGUAGACAAUGGAUGCAUGUUUUUGCGUAUGUGAUAUCAAUGAACAGACAUAGAUCAACCCACUACAUACUGGCUGUUUUCGAAACCGCCGACUUUAGCAGUACGUACUGAUUUGGCCAAAAUUCAGUAUGUAGUAAGUAGAAUGUUAAAAAGAGCAAAAUCUGCAGUAUGUCAAAACUCCCCGGAUGUCUACUGAUUCGGGAAAAUGUCUAAGCCUGCAUUGGACUAGUCUGCCUCGCGUACUGUUUCCCACAAUGCACAGCGCUCUUUCAGCUUUUUCUUUUCUCAAAUUUUUUUUGGGGGAGCACUCAGUUUUUAAAUGCUGUGAAAAUUAUGAAAUUCCAUAUAAACCACUUCCUAACUUUUAAAUCAUAAAUUAUGCUAAAGAAGCAGUUUCUCUAUCAGCUUGGCCGGUGUUUACUUCUGCUAAACCGGAAAUUCAGUGACGUCUGGCCCAGCGUACUGCAACACAGAUCCAACAGAACAGUCAGACUACAGACUAAAUUCAAACACAGUAUGUAGUAGGCAAUACCUACUGCCUACUACUUUAGUAGGUAGUAUGUAGCAGGCCGUUUGUAAAGCAGCUAGAGUCAUAGACCCAACCAGACUUGGUAGCAGUAUGAUAAGCUCAAACUUCAUUCCCUUUUCUAAGCUUAAAACAUUUGGAAUCCAGCCCUUAUUAGAACCGUGCUUCCAAUUCUUUAUCUAUUUCGGCUCAAUGAGGUAUGUUGCUUCUUACCCUCCACAACGUUACUGCCACUUUCUUAUUUCCCAAAGGACAGCUCACAAUCAUAGAAAAUGUUUGUUAAUUGUGUGUCCAAAAAAAAAAGUUUUGUUAAAAGGAAUUUACGUAAACUGGUUAUUAACACGUUAACUUUCACAGCCCUACCUGAAAUAUCAAAAAUAUAUAUAUAUUUAAAUUGAAGCUUAAUCUUUUUUGAAUUAAAUGACUGAAAAAUGAACUUUUCACAAUAUUCUAAUUAGUUGAGAUGCACACCCAAACACACACAAACACAUAGAUGGAUAUAUACUGUAUAUACAUGUAUAUACCGUACGUAUUUAUAUAUAUGUGUGUGUACAUAUAUAUACACACACAUGUAUAUAUAUAUAUAUAUAUACAUGUGUGUGUGUAUACAUACAUUUUCAUUUUCGCAGUAAAGAUUUCGAUUCUUGUAUUUUUUUUAAAUUAGCUAUUAAGUAUAAGUUUGAUUUUUCAAUGUGAUUAAGAUGUACUGCCGAGUUGUAAUACCAGCAAGUACCUUCCAUUGUGUUCAUAAGUCCAAAUCUUUACUCAAAGUGUUUAAGCUUUAAGUAUUAGAUUAGUUCUACUACACAACUAUUGUUUUCUUUAAAUGUUAUUUUGACUACUUUUUUGUCUUUUCAUGUAUUUUUUUAUAUGUGAAUCUAUUGAAUAUCUAAUGCAUUCUUCCUUUUGAACAAAAGAUACUUUAUUUUUUGUGGAAUAUGCCCCCUGUUAAAUGAUGAUUAAUUAAGUAUGAAGCACAGGAUAUUACACUUUCAGUGAUACUGCUGCAACCAGCACCAGUUAUUCAAAUUCUGUAUGUGGCAAAGUUAUCAUAAUUAUAUCUUAUUUUCUUCAAACACUAACUUGGCCGCUUUCAAUGUCCAUAUCCUGUUUUGCUAUAUUCCAGCUUGUAUAGCCUUCCAAGAAGGUAGCCGUUUGUCCAUUUAUUCAACAUUUUGUAGCUUUGUAGCUGAGGCCAAAAAACGAUGUUGCCAUCCCAAAGACUCCGUGCAUGAUUUUUAGUUUGUCCCGGCCACUCAAGAACCUCUGUGUCAUCAACAUAACUGGUGAAGAAAAUCUUUCAGUUUGACUUUUUAUGUACUGAAUUUAAUUGGUUUGAGUGUAAUAUUGCAAAAUUUAAUUUGGUCCUUUGGGAUUUUGUCAGUUGCAAAUAAAACUGUUUUACAUCAAAGUGCCUGUUUAAAAACAUGUUUAUUUUUACUAGACAUAGUCAGAAGAAUAGGAUGCUGCUUGAACAAUUAAAUACUGUAUUUUUGGAGCUAUUAGGAUCUAAUGAAGCAGCUAAACAAAAGAGUAUUAAAGUUCAACGUCUAAAUUAUUGGUAGUAAUUCAAAAGAUCCAGACUCUGGAAGGUGAAUUUGUGAGGAUUCCACUUUGCAACAGAUUUGAUUGUUGAAAAUCCUUAUGGAUGAUUAAACACUUAAGUAAGUGUGUUUACAUGCACACAUUUUACUAAAAUAUUACAUCGUAGUUGAGGCCUCUUACUACUCCCAUUGUAUUACUCACUGUCACCCCCCAAGAUGAAUGUUACAAAGAAAAACACUUUUGUUGGUGGUUUUCUUAGUAGAAUUUUUGGCACUUGCCUCUCUUAUACUUCUUACUGUCACAUUCCAGAAAGCUUGUUUUGACUUUCCAAAUUUACAGAAACCUGACCGUCUUAACUUUGUGAUUUGUUGUUAUUAUUUUCUUUUUAUAAAAGACCAAAAAAGCUUUUGGUUAAUCCUAAAAUAACUGGGGAAAUAAUCCAGAAAUCUUUGUUUAAUUAUACAGAUUGCACCCUGCAGAAAAUUCAUAACACAAGAGGAUGUUUCAGCACCUCAGCCAGUCCAAGGUAUAACAUAAUCACCAGCACUUGGUAAUUGCUGCAAUUGGACAACCUCUUCUCAUGCUGCUGGUCACUGUUACAAAUCAUUUGCCAGUACUUGUUCCUACACUAGGUUUCAACUUGACCCCUUAAAACAGGGAGUCAAAUAUGACAGUCUUCAAAACAAACUGAGACCUGCCAACUGCACUGUUAUUCAUGUGUGUGUGUGAGUCUAUCUGUGGACCUGUCUGCCCUGUCUUGUUGCUGGUCAGAUUGUUUUUUUCUCAUCAAAAAAUAAACCUAACUGGACUGCGUUGCAUUUUUACAAAUGGUGCAAUAACAAACAUUAUUUUCUCAUUAUUGUGUGUCAUUGAUUACACACUUAAAUUGUGUCCUAUGCAGUGGCAUCAAAUUGUUCGGACUGUACACUGAAAAAUGUCCCCCCCUCAGAAAUAUUAAAUGAAGUUACUGAUGGCUUGAGACACUGUUUUUUAUGCAUAUUGAGCCUUUGUAUCUACCUAUUUUUAUCUGACACUCAACAUACUUCACAAAAAAAUUAAAUAAGUAACCAGCUUGUCUCGCUUCAAGACAAUUUACAUUUCCAUGUAGGCUGCAACUUCACAUUGUGAGGGUCCACAUUCCUAUUUACAGAAUACAUUUUGUGUAUUUUUGUUACUAAUGAUAAUUGUAUAUCUCCAAAUAAGCAUUUUUUAUUAAUUACUUAAAGGAUGGCCUAUUGGAGAAAGUGAAGCUUUCACAUAGAACAAGUGAUCUUAUUGUAUAUUUGUACUUUUAUUUUAGCUUACACAUUUUUUGUCUUGACAUCAAAAGAGCCUUUCCGGGAGACAACUUGUCAUUCUUUCUUUAGACAUUGAUGAUGAUCUUUAAAGGCUUUCAAACGACUCCACAUAAACAGAUGAACUCUUUCAAUGCACACAAAUAAAGCUGUUACUUCAG